AUGCAGCCAAAGGCCCCAAAGACAGCUUCAAAGACCCACAAGAGGUCAAGGACUGGCUGCUUCACAUGUCGCCUUCGCAGGAAGAAGUGUGACGAAGGAAAGCCUGUAUGCAGAGCAUGCAAGCACUUAGGAUUAAGUUGCGACUACAAGAGACCCUCCUGGUGGGGAAACGUCGAACACAGACGACGACAGAAAGAAGUCAUCAAGCUGCAAAUUAAGAAAACAAAAGUGACCGAGAAGGCAGCAAACAAUGCUAUGGCAUCAAUGAGCGUGACAGCAUAUCCGUCUUCGGUGUCCCAGUCCACAUUGCCUACUCCGGAAUACUACUUUGAUGGCAUGGUCCGACCUGUACGAUCUCACUCUGUCGACUCUGGAUAUUCGUUAGAAUACGACUACGAACAACAGGACCAAAGCUUCGAUAAGAUGCAGAUGGCCCACCCGACACAGGUAAACUUCGUCGAGACAUACGACUCUUCUGGCUACUCCUACAAUCCUGCUUACCAGAACAUCCUCGAGAACAAGUCUCAGUCGUACUUGAACACAAUGCCGACCAUGGAUAGAAGGGAAAGCAUGGCUUCAUUCUGCAGCACACAAAGAAAGGAUUCGAACUACAGCACAAUCAGCAACACUAUUCUUCCUUCAAUGCCAGCGGAAAUAUAUCCAGCAACCGAUCUUCCAACUCCUCCAUUACACCCGGCUGUUAUUCUUCCAUCGCAAAAUGUGACUCCUGGCGAGGACAUUGUUGACUUCAACUUCGUUGAUUUCAAUAGUUGUCCAGAGUCCGUGCCAAUCAACCAUGUUGUCGAUGAUGACCAGGACCAACAGCUUCUCAACCACUUUGUGAUCAAUGUUCUCCCAAUGAUCUUCCCAAUCCUCGAUUUGAAUGUUCCAUACUCACAGAGCAACUUCAUUUGCCCCGCCCUGGGCUCCAACCCAGCAUAUUUGCACUCCUGCCUGGCAGUCGCUGCGAUGCACAUCAAAGCCACCGAGCAAAACAUUGACACCUCGGCUGUUGAUGAGGAUAUCAUGAGACACAGAAAAUCUACAGUUGAAAGGCUAUGCGAGGCCAUGAACCUUAACGUCGACCCUGUACAGCCAUUGGAAGCGAUCCUGAGCGUUAUCGCACUGAGGGCAUUCGUUGCCUCGGUUCACGAUAACUUGCCAGAUGUCCCAUGGCACCAACAUUUCGAAGCCGCGAUAACCAUGAUCCAGCAGAUGGGUCUCACCUCCCAAUUCCAGGAACUCACUUCAACCUCCACCAGCGCCUCCUUCAACAUGACUCUAGCAGCCUGGAUUGAUAUCCUAGGUUCAACAAUGCAGGGCCAAUUCCCAGCCUUCGCCCACGAGUACUGCCAAAACUUCAAGGAAGGAAAGAGUGCCGGCUUCAAGGAGUUGAUGGGCUGCGAUGACAAGGUCAUGUAUUUGAUCUCCGAGAUCACAUGUCUUGAGUAUCACAAGCUCUUCGAGAACCUCCCCGACGCAACGCUUUUGGAGCAUAUUACAUCCUUGAGUGCUUCUAUCACUUCGACCGAAACCGAGUUCGAUCCUAUUGCCGCCGCCCAAAACGGCCCAAUGGACCCGAACAUCCUUUCUGGUCUCAUUACUGCCGCUUACAGAUACGCUGCCAGAAUCUAUCUCACUACCCUCGUCCCUGCUUAUCAGGGAGUUCCUUUCAAUCACAAUGUUCCAGCCGUCAUCGAACUUGUCGAUAAGCUCACUACUGUACUUGAGCUUAUCCCAACUGGCGAAGAUGGGUUUGAUCGUUCCCUUUCUUGGGUCUACCUCAUUGGAGGAUCCGUUGCUACACCUGGAUCAGCCUUCCGUACCUUGUUGCAAACCCGCUUCGGAUCUCUUCCUCAGGAACAUCGAUUCGGGAGCUUUUCUGACAUGUACGAGUUGGUUAAUCUCGUCUGGAGAGAAGCCGAUGCCGCAGGUACUUAUGUCCCAUGGCGAAACGUCAUGAACGCAAACAGCUGGGAUCUUCUCCUUCUCUAA